AAAAAUCUGACUGAGAUUUUGAGACAUCAUGGCUGGAUCAUCGCAACCUCUGCUUGGCAUGUCGCGCGGCCCUCGAGCGCGACCCUACUCUGCAUCGGCCAUCGUUAUUGCAAUUGGCGUCGGGAUCGUCAUCGUCGUGGCGGGCCAAUUCCUCCUUAGCGAGGCAUUGGGGCCACCCACUGCCGCUACGUACACCCCCAAUUUCAUGGACCCUCGUCCCAACACGGGUAACUGCUCGCUUCACUGGUUUGACCAACGCCUGGAUCACUUUACGACCCUCAAUGCCACGUACAAGCAACGCUAUUUCGUCUACGACAAGUUCUGGAAGCGCCAAGCCGAUGGACACAAGGAGGAUGGCCCGAUUUUCUUUUACUGUGGCAACGAAGCCGACGUCACUCUCUAUGUCAACAGCACGGGCCUCAUGUGGGAGAACGCGCAAGCAUUGGGGGCGUUGCUCGUGUUUGCCGAGCAUCGCUACUUUGGGCACAGCAUUCCAUUCGGCGACCAGUACAAAGAUCACCUGCAAUACUUGACCCACGACCAGGCGUUGGCCGACUAUGCGCUUGUCCUCCGGUCAUUGCAGCAGCAGCACCGCGUCGACGUACCCGUGAUUGCAUUUGGGGGGAGUUACGGCGGCAUGUUGGCCGCGUGGUUUCGUAUCAAGUACCCUGCGACCAUUCGUGGCGCCAUUGCGGCAUCCGCGCCCAUUUUCGCAAACUCGAUCGGGUACGCCGAGCAGUUCCAAGGCGCCGACUACUGGCAAGUGGUCACCCACGACGCGUCGCCAGAAGCUGGCGCCGCCCCCAAUUGCAUUCCAAACGUCCGGGCUACGUGGCCACUCAUGUUUGCCAAAGCCAACUCUUCCCGAGGGUUGGCGGACCUGUCGGCCUUGUUUCAAACGUGCACGCCACUACACACUCGCGAUGACGUCGAGGCGUUGGCGCUGACUCUUAUGAUGGCGUGGGAUACCAUGGCGAUGGGUAACUUUCCGUUUCCGUCGAGCUACCUCACCGAGGGCAAGGCGACUCUGCCUUCGUUCCCCGUCCGCGCCGCCUGCGAGCACCUGGCGCCGCCCUUUUCAUUGCCAAAUGAAUCAACUGCGCUACUUGUGGCCAUGAAAGACGCCACCGACAUCUUCACCAACGCAACCCGCGACGUUGCGUGCACUGUGGUCCACCAGGAAUACGAUGGCAUCUGGGACUACAUGUGGUGCUCGCAACUGUUAGCGCAAGAGAGCUACUUUGACUCGAACGGCGUCACAGACAUGUUUUGGCCGCGCAACAUCACGUUCGACACGAUCGCCGCCGACUGCCGCGCCAAGUGGGGCGUGACCCCCGAUCCCGACUGGAUCCGCACGGCGUACGGCCCCGCCGACGUCCUCCUGGCGUCGACGUCCAACAUUGUGUUUUCAAACGGGGGCUUGGAUCCGUGGCGCGCGGGGGGCGUGCUCGCGACUUCGAACCCCAAGAUCACGCUCGUGGACAUCCCCGAAGGAGCGCACCACUUGGACCUGAUGUUCAGCGACCCGCGCGACCCCGCGUCCGUCACGCAAGCGCGUCGCACGGAAAUCCAACAGAUCCGUAUGUGGCUGCACCGCGACGCCUAGUUUUGUAUAUACAUGUACUACAAAGGCGGCAGCGUGAACUUGGUUGAACAGCAAGAAUUCCAUUACUUGAUCUCGUGUAGUAGUGAGUACAGUACUGUCAC